AUGGCAACUACUACGAUAACUAUUAGUACCACCACAACUGCAAGUACUACACUUGUUUUCGAUUCUGGUGAUAACGCAUGGAUGAUGGUAUCAACAGCAUUUGUUCUAAUGAUGACACCCGCUUUAGCUUUUUUUUAUGGUGGUCUUGUUGAUAGAAAAAAUAUCCUGAAUCAACUAUUUCUAUCAUUUGUUUGUAUGGGAAUUGUAUUUGUUCAAUGGAUUCUAUUUGGAUUCUCAUUUGCAUUUGGUUCACCAGUUAGCGCUGGUUUUGGUUCAUUUGCUGAUUCAGCAUUAAGAUUUGGACAACGUUUAGAUGAUUUCUAUAGUCCAUCUUAUCCAUUAUUAACAUAUGCAGCAUAUCAAGGAACAUUUGCAAUUAUUACACCAGCACUUAUAUCAGGAGCAAUUGUUGGAAGAAUGAAAGUAAUUCCUUAUAUGAUAUUUAUAGUAAUAUGGACAACUUGUUGUUAUGAUCCAUUGGCACAUUGGGUUUGGGGUAGUAAUGGAUGGUUAAAACAUUUAGGAACACUAGAUUUUGCUGGUGGAACAGUUGUACAUAUAUCAUCUGGUGUAUCUGGUUAUGUUGCUUCAGCAAUCUUAGGAAAACGUGUUGAUUAUAAACCACAUGCAUCCAAUGCACAUAAUAUUCCAUUUACAGUUCUUGGUACAUGUUUAUUAUGGGUUGGUUGGACUGGAUUUAAUGCUGGUUCAGCUAAUAUAGCAAGUGGUUUAGCAUCAUUAGCAUUAGUAAAUACAUAUGUAGCUGCAGCUGCUGGAUUAGUAACAUGGGUUGUGAUUGAUGCUAUUCGUGGUCAAGUAUCAGUAUCUGGUGCAUGUAUUGGUCCAGUUGUUGGUUUAGUUGGUAUCACACCAGCAUGUGGUUUUGUUCAACCUGGUUGGGCAUUAUUAUUUGGAAUAAUUCCAACAAUUAUUAUUUAUUUUCUUCUUCUUUAUAAACAUCAUUCGAUAUUUGAUGAUACUUUAGAUGUUGCUGUGGUUCAUGGUUGUGGUUUUGCUAGUGUAUGUACAGCUGGAAUUCUUCUUCCAUUAAAAUAUACAAUUGGAAUUCGUUUAUCACCUGACGAAGAGUUGAGAGGACUUGAUUGGAUUGCUCAUGGUGAAAAAUGGUCACACAAUGACAAACCAGGUCAAACAGUAACAACAACAACUGGAAUACCAGGGAAUAAACUUAAAUAUGCACCAUAUACAAUUCAAAAUAAUUGGAAACCAAAUAGAAUUGCAUCUCGUUCACGAUCUAUUCGUAAACCAAAUAGUUUAGGUCAACUUCGAUCAACUAUAUCACAAAGUAGAUAUAAUGCAUCUCAAUCACAAGCAGCACAAUCCGACAAAAAUAUUCAACCAUCUUAUACAUAUAACUCAUCUUUACCAGUUUAA